UAUUUUACUCUUAAAAAUAAUAUUAUAUAAUAAAUUUCGUUUCAUAAAAUUAAAAAAAAUGUCUAAAAAAAUUAUUUUAUAUGAGUUUUUCUUAUUUUUGCAAUUAAAUCAAAUUUUAGAUAUAUAUUGUAAUCCUCAAAGUGAAGAUUUCAAAAAAUACGUAAUUAACUCAUUAAACCACAUUCGUGUUCAAAAUGGAUGGAACUCCAUUCAACAAACAGCAAUUAAAGUUGAGGACAUAACAAUUAAUACCAAAACCGUAACAAGUGAAAUUAUCGAUGAAAGUAAUUUUAUACAAAAACUUUACUUUAUAACUUAUCUCCUAAACUGUGAAUAUACCAAUACAAUGCAAACUUUCAAUGUAAUGUUAGGCCUUGUUUUAAAUAAGUGUGAAAUGACUUUUUAUAAAAAUCAAAAUAAUAAAUUGAAUUAUUGCACAAGGCUAAUUAUUUACAUUUUUAAUUGUUCAAUAAAUAUGUUUAAAGAAAUGUUUAAAGUGGAAAAAUAUCUUGAAAAUAUUGACCUACGAAUUUUAGACUCGCCUAUCCUUAAUGUUAAAACUGUAGAUAGUGAAAUAAAUUAUUUUUACGCAUAUGCAGUUGGGUUAAGCAAUAUUUCAUUACUUGAACUACCUAGUACUUUUAAUGGGGUCAAUACUUUUGAAAGCAUAAAACAUUUUAAUAAAAAAGCGGAAUUAAUGAUAUCAAAUCUCUACAAAAAUAGAAAAGUAUGUGGGACAGAACACGAAAGUUCAAUUUUAGACAAAAUAUUGAUGAAAUAUAAUAUCGAUCAAAUGGAAAAACUGGUAGAGGACUCCAACGAAUAUAUUAAUGAUAUUUAUAAAGAUCUUGAAUUAUAUUUUACCGGAAUAAUUGAAAAUUGUUAUUCAAAACUAGGCUUUGAACAUCUAGAAGGAACAAAUAAGUUCAAGUAUAUUCAUUCCAAAAGAAAGAUAUACGGCCAUAAUGAAGGCAUUGUAUUGUGUAAUCAUUUUUUUAGUUAUACUGGUUGGCAAUCAUUGAAAUAUAUAGCUGUUAAAAAUGAAUUUACAAAGGGAAAAUCACUAUAUUUUAAAGAUAUUACAUGUACGGUUGAUUUGGAAAAUUAUUAUUUCGUGCGGACAUGUCUUGCACUUAUUUUAAGAUGUCGCUAUAUUGAAAUAGUUCGCAAUUUUUCUAUAAUGUUGGGACAUAUAGCUAAUGUUUGUAAAUGUGAAAAUAAAAUUAACUGUGCAAUUAAGCUUUAUGAAACACUUAUGAAAUCCAAUGACAUGUUUAAAAAAAUGUUAGUUGCUCUGACUACUUUGAGAUACUACAAAAAGGGUAUUAAAAAAUAUCAAUUUCAAGAAUUACUCUUAGAGAAACUGAUAGAAUUUUUUAUUGAUUAUUUGAAUGAUGUUAAAAAAAAGUAUUUUUCCCCAUUGUUAUUUAUUAAGAAUGGAUUUUAUGAAGCUGAAACGUUUCUUGAAGGCGUAGCUCACGUUCAAUCUUCAGAUUUACAGACGAAAUUAAAAAACGUGAUUCAAUUUAACAUGAGAUAUUGCCAAAUUAUUAAAUGUCAAUCAGACAUAUCCUUAAUUAUAAUAUUUGAACAAUUGAUUAAUAACAAUAAAUUAUCACAAUAUAGUACUACUUAUCAAACUAUGUGUGAUUAUUGGGACUCUUAUGUUCUACAGGUUGUGAAAAAUGAUUAUGAGUAUUUAGGUUUCAAUAAUUUACCGUGUAAAAUUUGAUUUUUUAUUUGAGACUUAUUAAAAUAUUGUAAUUA